UAUUGCUGCAGCUGGGUCUCCUACCUGCCUCUGCAAGACUAGACGGACACAAAGACUAGGGUAGGAAGCCCAGCCUCACCAGGCCAGGGUAGAAGAGGGAGAGAUAUGCUGUGCAAUACCGCGUGCCGGUUGGCCACUAGGUUGGUGGGAAGUAGAGAAAGAGGCAUUGUGGCGAUAGGCAGAAACCUUGCGGUCCAGGAGGCCGCAUCAUCGCACUUGCCCUCUGCGGCAGCAGGAGGGUCAAGAGCACUAGGAGAAGCAUCAGCGGGUCAAUGGAGAUGGGCUUCCACGCAGGCUACGCAAACGUCAGUGGAGGGAAUCACCCUCAACGUGGAUGAGAAGGUCCAAAGGCUGAAGCAUCGUAUUCCCCAAAAGCGGGCCUCUUUUCUUCUCAACGAGUUGCGUCAGGAGCAGCGCAAUGGGGAGCGAUGUGAAUUGCCAGACAUGAAGAUUGGGGACGCCGUUGAGGUUACGAUGUAUGCAAACAAGAAAGCGACACGGACGAGCCAAGUUCGAGGAGUGCUCUUGCGGAAGGUGAACAAGGGUAUCGACUCUUCCAUCCUGCUCAGGGACGUCAUCAACGGCAACCCGGUCGAGCACCACAUUCCACUAUUCAGCCCGUUGAUCCAAUCCGUCGAGGUGAUGGAGACGGCAUUCAUAUACCAGGGCAAGUUGAGGGGCAAGCGUGUACGACCGGCGCGUAUUUACUACAUUCGGGAUCUGGACCAGAAGCUUUACCGAAUCACUGGAGGCGGUGGAUCGGAUAACUAGCUGCAGGGCUUGGCACUGUGUUUUUGGAACGCUCAUAAGUAGGGAGUGACCUCGAUGUCUUACAAUUCGGGGGCAUCGUUAGCGUAGGCCACGUUGGGAGCAAACGUUAUCACAAUACGAAAAUACCUGCCUUGCCUUGUUGUACUGCAAAUGUUUCACGUCCGUCUUUGUCUUCCGGGAUCUGUCGUAAACGUACCGUUCCACGAGGUCUGAAGAGGAACAUAAAUGACAAUGUUCGAGCGUAUUUAUGACAGCUACUAACUUCACCUGGACUGUAACAGCCACGGGUGGCUCACCACGAAUAUAUUCGU